GAGGACAAAAGCAAAUGGGAGACUUCUUCCAGGAAGGCAUGAGUGGUCGGGCUCAUGAACCAACGCCAGAAGAGGGCUCUCUUCUAUCAGCUGACGAAAAUGGGCAUGAUUAUACAAGUAGUUGUAAUGCCUAUAUUAGCGAAGAUCAUGCUAAAAAUAAGAACGAUUAUAGCUACAACACGAGCGCAACGAUGUUGAACUCGCACGAGGACACUAGUAGGGGGACGAAUGAACAAAGUGAAGGAGAAGAGGCCAAUGACGAUGAAGAUAAUAUGUUUGAUCCUGAGUUUUCUGUUUUGGUUCGUCAUCUGCGGAUCCCAUGGGAUUCAUGCGCUCGAAGAAAAAAGCAGUGGACUCCAGACGAGUGGCAAGCAUGGAAAAACGAUCAGAGGAAGA